AUGUCUUCCACAGUACCCAAAACCUCGCUCUCCUCAACAAGCGGCACCUCCACGCCCACGCGGCCGUCAAAGCUGUCCGACUAUCAAAACGCCGGCCUCGACCACGCGCCGCACCUGACUCCGCUGAGAGCCGCCAAAAGGACUCCCUCAACCGUUCAGCCGCUGUCCAUCAAGGUCAACGAUGCAGCCGAUGGGGCCGUUCCUGGCUUCCUUCAUCUCCCCUCCUCACGCGCCUCAUCCGGCCCCGCCAGCAAAACAGCAGCGAUUCUCCUCUCAGGCGCUGGUGGCGGCGUCGUCGGACCCUCCUCGAUGUACCUCUCUAUCGCCGACAAGCUCGCCAGUCUCAGCAACGGCAUCCCCGUCCUCCGCCUCGACUUCCGCUAUCCGGCGCGGAACAAAUACUGCGUACGAGACACGUUAGCUGCUAUGGACUGGUUGGAGAGCGAGCAUGAUGCGAGUCGCUUCGUGCUGGUUGGGUGGUCCUUCGGCGGCGCGCCUGUCUUCACGGUCGGUGGAUCGGAUCAGCGCGUUGUGGGCUGCGCCACUGUGGCCUCGCAGACGGCGGAGACGGAAGGCAUACGCAGCCUAGCGCCAAGGCCGGUGUUGUUGCUGCAUGGUACGGGUGAUAGCACGCUUAGCCCGGCGUGCUCAGAGAGACUGUAUGCUAUGUAUGGCAGCAAGGGGGAUAGGAAGUUGAAGCUCUUCGAUGGGGACAAUCAUGCGCUGUCGAGGAAUGCGCUAAGGGCGGAAGAGAUGCUUUGCGAGUUCAUCAUGGGCUGCGCCGGUGUCACUAUCCGUGAGGAUGAGCAGAAAGGAGUAGUGCAAAGCGAGCUUGUUGGCGAUGGUGAGAGGAUGGAGAAAAUGAGAAGGGGUGGUGAUUUAAGGGGCCGCGAGAGCAUGGAGUAG